AUGGACAUGGAGUUUGUUAAAUUCCAUCCAACAGGAAUUCAUGACGCGGGCUGUCUCAUCACCGUGGGCUGCCGUGGCGAGGGUAGCCUCCUCAUUAGCAACAAGGAUGGGGGUUUCAUAGAAGAGUAUGCGCCAAACGCCAAGGAUCCAGCUUCAAUAAAUGUUGCCUCACGUGCCACGACUAUGGAGAUCCGAGCGGGACGCGGCGUCGGUCUGCGAAAGUAUCAUUGCCACUUACAACUCAGCCACUUAUCUGCCGAGGUCCUCCACUUGCGUCUUCCAGGAGUAUCGGAGACCACAGUGACCUUCGUCGGUGUUGAUGUGACGAAGGAACCUGUGCCCGUCUUGCCCACCGUCCAAUAUAACAUGGGCGGCGUGCCGACCAAUUACAAAGGUCAGGUCAUAACUUACGAUCCCGUCACCAGAAGGGACAAACUUGUGCCUGGACAGUAA